ACGAUGACAAAAAACACAACCCUAGAAUCCAAUGCCCACCCUGUCCACUUUCAUAUAUCGUCACCCACGCAACGCGCACACACCAAAACUAAACGGCCGCAAAAAGUCAAUUUUCACACGCGACCGCACACAACACAAUAACAACUCAUCACUUUUUGCAAAUCUGUCACUCUAUAUUUAUCCCUUUCAAAUAUCCAAUUUUGUAGAUCCCUAAUCUCACCUCACGAUGGCCGGUCAAAGAAACGACUAUGGAAAAAGAUCAAAUGCUCAAUCGGACUACGGCGGAGGCAAGCGUCGUAACCCUACCGCCGAUGACGGCGAAGACAGCGACCAUCAGCAACAGCAGCAGCAGCAUACAAUCACUAAUGAAGACACAGUUUACCGGUACUUAUGUCCGUUGAGAAAGAUCGGAAGCAUAAUCGGGAGAGGCGGAGAAAUAGCGAAACAGUUGAGAUCAGAAUCAAAAUCGAAUAUUAGAAUAAGCGAAGCAAUGGCAGGGUUUGAGGAACGCAUUGUGACGAUAUAUAGUAAUAGUGAAGAGAGUAAUUUAUUUGGAGAUAGUGGAGAGUUUGUUUGUCCAGCUCAGGAUGCGCUUUUUAUGGUGCAUGAUAGAAUAAUUGCGGAGGAUUUGAAUAAUAGUAAUAAUAAUAAUGAGGAAGAGGAUGAUGAGGAGGAGGAGGAGUUUGGUGAGAGUAAGGAGCAGGUCGUUACGGUGAGGAUGUUGGUGCCGGCUGAUCAGAUUGGGUGUGUUAUAGGGAAAGGUGGACAGGUUAUUCAGAGUAUUAGGAGUGAGACUGGUGCUCAGAUUCGUAUUUUGAAAGAUGAACAUUUGCCUCCUUUAGCUCUGUCUUCUGAUGAACUUCUUUUGAUUAUUGGAGAACCUGCUGUUGUUAGAAAGGCUCUGUAUCAAGUGGCUACCCGUCUUCAUGAGAAUCCAUCUCGAUCUCAGCACUUGCUUUUGUCUUCUUCUUCAACCAACAUGUAUCAAUCUGGUGGCGGCAUGUUUGUGACUCCAACUGCUGGCGCCUCUCUAAUGGGUCUCUAUGGCAGUUACAAAGGUGGCUGGUCAUCAUCUUAUUACUCUGAUCAGAGAGAUGAAGGUUCUUCUAAAGAGUUUUCUCUUCGUCUGGUGUGUCCUAUCGGAAAUAUUGGAGGUGUGAUUGGAAAAGGUGGUGGCAUCAUUAAGCAAAUACGUCAGGAAUCUAGGGCUUCCAUCAAAGUUGAUAGUUCAGCUGCUGAAGGAGAUGAUUGCAUUAUAUUUAUAUCUGCAAAGGAGUUUUUUGAAGACCAAUCUGCAACACUGACUGCAGCUCUGCGUUUGCAACCAAGAUGCAGUGAAAAAACUGAAAGGGAUUCAGGUGAUUCUGUAAUUACCACCCGACUACUUGUGCCAAGAUCACAGAUUGGAUGCCUUAUGGGAAAAGGAGGGGCUAUUAUUUCUGAGAUGAGGAAUGUGACAAGGGCAAGCAUUCGGAUACUUGCAGAGGAUAAUCUUCCAAAAGUUGCGUCUGAGGAUGAUGAGAUGGUGCAGAUCACCGGCAGCCAUGAUGUUGCUAGCAAUGCCCUCUUACAUGUCGUUUUGAGGUUGAAGGCCAACUUAUUUGGAAGGGACGGUGCAUUAACUGCAUUUCCACCUGCUCUUCCAUAUAUUCCUGUUUCAAUGGACAUGUUAGAUAGUCCAAAAUAUGGGAACCGAGACAGUCAAUCACGUGGACGUGGAUACUCUUCAGCCGGUGGUUACAGUUCCCGCGACUUGCCCCCAAGUGAGAGUUAUGGAAAUAAUGCUAGUUCACUCAAUGGUGGUGAAAGUGGUUAUGGAGCAUAUGGUGGAUUCUCUUCUGGUCGUUCUGGUGGUUCAGGCAUCUUUACCAGGUUAUCUGGUCAGAACUCAGCCCAAAGAAAACAUCAUGGAUAUUAGUCCCAUAUUCUAUUGCUAACAGGUUUGGGUAUUAAGCUUUGGGAAAAUCACUAUGGGGGCUAUGGUUUGCCUGGGAGGUAUUGUGCAUAUUCCUCUUUGACUUGAUUGACAGGUUGUCAUCACGGUGAAGAUUAAAUCAGCUCAAGGGGUUUGAUGAAUCGUGGUUUCCCCAGCAUCACUAGAAGGUAAUUAUUUUCUGCAACUAGUGAUUACCAAAUUGGAUGUUCCCAUAUGUAAUCUAGGUACACAUAUAUGACAAUUUAGAUGGAUUGGAUCAAUAGAAAUGUGAUAAACCACUAAAUCUUUUGGCACAACAAUUCUGAAGUGGAGAAGUGAGAAAAGUUUCUGAUAUUCUGUGGUUCUGGAAUUUGUACGACAAUGGGGCAGGACAUUCCUGAUGUUCUAUGGCACCUCUGUCAGGUGAUCAUCUAAAGGGGCUGGAAAAGGAUAUAAAGGCAACUGCUAUUCUACAGGAUCUUCGUUGGAUGAUUAUGGUAUCACGUGUUUAUUACCUUUUUGAGGGAAAUCAAAAUAGAAGGAAAAGUGCUGUUGAACAUAGAUAUCUACCAAUCACAUAAAGAGAGCUGCUGUUGAACAUAGAAAACUACCGAUUGCAUAUAUGCUAGCCGGUGCAAAUGCAAGUUUGAUCUAGUUACAUCAUAUGGGCGAAGCUUUAUUUGAAGGGUGGGAAAGUAGGUCAUAAUGAUGUUUGCAUUAAUGGGAUAGUUGAGCAAACACUGAUAUUAAAUUCCCAUUUCCUCUCCCGUUACCUGUGCCCAUCCCUGCUUCAAUAUUAAGAACAUAUCGUGAGAGGCGAAGGAAGCGAGAACACUGAGGGCGUUUUAAAAUCAAACACAUUCAGAACCAAAAUAUGAUUUACCGUCGGUAUAACUGGGUUGUAUAAUUACAGGUCACAAAAUAAAAGGUGACCUAAAUGGCCUUGUUUGCAAUCUCCUGGAAAUAGGGAACAGCAGCCGCCGCCGUUCUGUACUGUACUCGGCUGGUUCAUUCAAAAUUCUUUCCUCAUCUUGUUUAUUCAAAGCCCUUUACAUCUAACGAAGAUUCCCAACUGACAUAAAGAGAAAGGAAAAAGAGAAAAGAAAUGGAAUUGCCAAUAUCAAGCCCGAAGAGUUGAAGAUUUGUUCUAAAUUCCAAUCGCGGGAAAGAAGACUUGCCUGGGUCCUACUGGUACCAUGUUACAUUUUAGUCCUGGUCCAAGUGAUAUUCCUAAGAAGAAAAUAAGAUUUAUACUAGUACAGUUUUACUAAUUCAAAAAGGGUGUACCAUCCUUCUUCUUUUACAGGUAAAAACUUAAUAAUGUUUUUUACUUAUUAUAAUUGGCAGCUCUUAUCAUCAUCCUCUCAUGCCAUGUCCAGAACAAAUGAAACAAAGUUACAAUCUUAAUCGGUCCAAUGUGAACCUCUCAACUGGUUGACUAGCCAUGGUAACUCUGAUCCUCAGGAGCACUUUUAUUAUCGCCCUCGGCAUCCGGUGCGCUGUUCUCUUCCUCAGAAGAUGUACGAUUACUGCCACCAUCACCUGCUUAUAAAAGGGAAUGCCACGGGUAAGACAAUAGAGACAUGUGCUGUUGAAAAAGGGGAUGAAGAAACUGAACAUACCAUCAUAAUCAUCAGCAGGAGCAUAAGCGGAGCGCCUUGAACGCAUUUGGUUGUUGGGGGUUGGCUGCAGCGUAAGGAAAACACACCUGUUAAACCAUUAUACUAGCAAGUGCUUCAAGAUCUUGUUACAUGUACAAUGGUCUUACAGAUCAACCAUGGGGGAAGACAAUACACAGCUUUUUUCUCAGUUUAGAUACUGAAGAGAUUUGCUACAAGAUAUCAUCAGAAAGCAGGGUACCUGCAACUUCGGGCGUAGAGCUUCAAGUGCUCCUUUAGGCUUUUGUGCUCCUUGCUGUGUUUGAGCAAUUGAAGAAAUGGGCCAAAACCAAUAAAAUUAGGCAUUUAACUAAUAUCUGUAUAUAUAGUUCCGAAUUCUAUAAGGAAAAAGAAAUGAGUAACCUUGCCCAAUGCCCAAUCUGCAGAAUCAAAGAAGGCACGCUCAUGAUCCUGAACAGAAAGAAACAUGAACAUCAGAGGACUCCGAUUGGCAUAUGAUAAAACAGACUAAAACCCUCGUCAGCUAUAGUAUUCUUUUUUUUACCUUGGAUAUUAAUGGCUUCUUCUUUGGCAGCAUUCCCCCAUACUUUUUUCUUACCACUUCCUCCUAAAGAAAAACAGAAAAACCAACCAAAUGACAAAACUCAUAAUAUAUCAGAAACUGUAAAAACAAUAGCACCAAAUAUAUACCUCUUGCUGAGGUGUAGGCAUUGAGUUUUCGCCAGUUCCAUUAACAUCUUCCAUGGGGUGAUCGUCAUCAACAACAACUUGGUCUUUAAGAGCAUUUUUAUCAUUACCUAGUUCUGGCUCCAUGUUUGUGCUUGAGAUUCUCUACUUUUUUCUUUGCAGGCAAAAAGCUAAAUAAGAAGUCAGAGAACAAAAAGAUAAGAAAGAUGGCAUGCAAUGUGUAUACAUUGUCCAAAUGUAAGAUGCACAUGCUUACUUUUAGCAAGUGCAUGACAAAUGGAGAUCACAUAAAUAUUUGCUGGAUGAAUCAAUAAACCAGUUCAAAAUUGCUUAA